GCUGGUGGGGAUAUGCUCGAACCGCGUGAAUCUGAUAUUCCUGUCCUGUUUCUGGUCUUGGUUGUACUCCCUUUGGUGGCUUACGUCUUACUUGGAAAAUGGAGUGAGACUGCCACGAAGAGAAAUAGGAUAGCUUUGCUCGCUCAAUUGGCCGCUGAAUAAGCCUUUAAAGCCGAACAAAAAAUGGUUGUUGCUGAUGUAAUUCCCCCUCAACCUCAAGUUUUUUAUUUUCCUAAGAAUAAUGAACCGAAUCAUGACUGUGCUCGGUGUUCUGCUCCCGCUAAAACUCGCUGCUCCAGAUGCAAGUUUGUUAGAUACUGCUCUGGGAAUUGUCAAAUAAUCCACUGGAGGCAAAUUCACAAACAAGAGUGCCAGCAAUUGGAAACUCAUGAAUCAAGCUCGUUUCCUCUGUCGUUUUCGGUUGAGGAAUUUGGUCAUGCAAGUCCCUUUUACGAUAAUUUAAACAAUCCCUACUUUGGUUGCAAUUUAAACAAUUUAGACAAUUUGGUUCACCCGCUGACAGGCACUGCCGCAGUUUCUGCUACAGCCGAUAUUUCUCUUUUUAACAAUUCUCAACCUCCCACUUUGGAGAGAAGAGCUUCCCGUAAAUCCAACAGAGAAUCACGGCGAAGAGAUAGUGGUUCUAUUUAUGAAUCUUCUUUUGAAUUUUCUGAUUACAAAGCAAUGAUUACACCACAACAAAUCCACGACAACAAAGCAAAAACAAUUUCUUAACUCUAUUCUAAUAGA